UUUUAUGUUGCACUGCAAAUAAUCAUCAAUAUUCCUGAAGCAAACAUUCACACAUUCCUGUGUGUCUUUGGCAGGUCCGUUUCGCCAAACCAACGCUCCCAACUUCAGACACAAACAUUUGAAUGAAAGUACGCCAUAGAAAUGGAUUUACUUCGGUCCAUCUUUCAUCAAUGAAAUAAGCAUCUGUUUUCUCCCUGAACAAUUCCAGCCCAUCGCUGCCGGACUUGUUUAACAUGCAUUCAUUGACUUUUGCCAACUAUCUCUGUGGAUCGGACUGUGGCAAUGCAAAUUUUGUUUCACCACCGCUAAAUGAAGUUACAAAUUCACGUGACAAAUGCUAUCCGAAAUCUCCAUCGGCUUUUAAAGCGUUCCAUUCACGCUACACUACUCCGUCUUCAAUCGAUAUCGCUCGAUCGCGCCCAGUAACGUUGAAGUUUUGCGCAAUUUUAAGACGAUGCGCCCUUCGGCUCCCUUAAAAUGCUGCCAACGAACAAAUUGCUUCCUUCCCCGUCCUCGAACCAGACACACACACAAUGAUUUGCAUACAGAUUAGCUUUCCGUGCGCCGCGAAAAUGACAACGGCUGUAUAUGGGUGGGUUUCCGUUACAAAAUCUGUCGUGAAGGGUUUUUUUUGGUUUUCAUUCCACUCGCGGUACACCAAACAGCUCACACCCUUUUUUGGGGAUGUUAUGUUUGUCUAUUUUGUCUAAAUUCUCCAGUUUUUCUCUCUGUCUCUCUAUCAUCGCUGCUUUGAAACUUGGUGUGUGGGGUUCCGUUUGGGAAAAAGGCGUAAAGCAGAUUAAGAUUACCGCUACCGGGAAAGUUGUGCGUUGUUUUGAAGUCUACAAAAUCCCCCUUUUUCGUUUAACCUCGAACCCGCCUGGAAGCUUAUGGCUUCGCUUUUGUGGUGACUCCGUCCCAACGCACAUGUUUUUCUUCUCCUCCCGUAUGACUGGCGCACCAAGGUAUGAAGCAAAAACUUUAGUAGAGAGAAUUUUGCUGCGUGCAACAUUUGGUUUGCUUGCGUUCCUCCUUACCACCAUCACUGCUUUUCCCCGAGCUCCGAAGGGAUUUGACCCAGAAUUCUGGAAUUUUCUCUCGGAGAUGAUUGUGAUGCAUUGUUUGAAGUUUUUCCCGCGACCGCUUUUCUCACCACCCUUUCUCGUAACCUGUAACCAUUUACUGCACUAAACGUGUCGUGCCGUGGCGAUAUCGUGAGGAUCACUUUAAGCAGCUAAAUUACGCCCUACGAAUAGGAUAAACUGCACUUUGGUAUCGGUUUAUCGAUAGAUGAGGGCAUUCGCACGAGUGCCCGAGUGGUGUCGAUUGAUGAAACGUGCAAAUGAACUUUUUUUUUACAUUGCAGCGAUUUUGUUGCAGCUUCAAGUGGGAACCGCACACGCUGCUGUACACUCACUGCACGCAUUGCACUUCCGUGUUGUGUGUUUGUGUGUGGGUUCGUGUUUUUUUCACCCAUCCAAUGUGUACGUGUCCGACGAUGAUGACGGGAUGGCUCGAUGGAUUUCUAUAUUUAAACCGCUAACAAAUGUUUUCCUCACGAUUUCCAUCAGCAGAUUGGCGAUGAGCCGAUGUCACUAAUCCCGCUAUCCCCCUCGCUAUCCUCUGUGUGGAAAUGUGGAAAAACUGGUAUGCGGGUGGAAAAAGGUACAGAACGAACGGCAGUAAUUGCUUCACUGCAGCUGCAUCGUUUAAACGCAAAACUCCCACACGCCUUUAAUAUGGCCGCGGAAAGGCAACGGAUCCAUUUGGUAGACAGACUGUUUAGAAGAGUACAUACACACACACACACACACACACACACGCGGGCGCAUAUGUUCGCUUUGAACUCAAAUCCAACCCCCUUUCCGAGGGAGGGUUGGUGCCUUACGCUUCAGUUCCAAUUGAAUAAUAACGUUUUGAAAUUGGUUGAUAUUUUAUGCAGUCAGUCUCCUCCUUAGACGUGGGAAACGAAGAGGUCGUGAAGGUGACACUGCACAGCACAGUGAGACCGGGUGAAGUAAUUUGCUAAAUCAUGAUGAAACCUGCUGAACUACAUUUGCCUUGAUGUGUUUUUGCUAGCUGCUAGUACCGGAGUGACACGGUUGAGAGUGAUUUAUAUCGAUCGUAUGACUUUAAGUGUAGAAAUGCGAUACAAAAAUAAUCAAAUACACGUCAUGAAUCAUGCAUUUUGAAAUAGUAGACUAAAAAAGUAGCUUUAAUUCGCAAUUUAUAACGCUAUAUUGAUUUGUUUGAUGUGUAUGGUUUCCUCUAUAAAAUACACAGUGUCUUUGCAUACCUUUUGGGGAGCUACCUUUUAAUAACAACAUUAUUUAAAUGUAGUUUUUCACGCCUUACAUUUUUUUUACAAUUCAGGCAAAUAUUUUUUUGUUCUUCAUUUAUUUUUGUUCCAAUGGAAUUAUCUUCCAACAAACAAAUGCUGUUUUGGUGUUUACCGCAUAAUUGUGCACAUGUACACUCACAACCUAAAUUGCUUAUUUGAGCAAUUUAUUUGUUCAAACCAUCCAUAAACAUCCGUGCUGUAAUCUCAUGACGCAAAAAAAAACAAAUGCUCUCAAGGUUCUCUCGUGGAAAAACCAUCCCAUUCGCUUAACGAUGCAAACAAUGAGCUUCAAAUUCUCCCUCCUGAAUGAACCUGCAGCACUCAACCGACCGCAAUCGUACCGUGCAUAAUUAGCGACAGUGAUACAGGUUGGAAAAUAUCACUUUACCAGCAACAACAAAAAACGAAUCAGGCAGCCGGCCGGUUACACGGUACGCCGAGUGUCACUUUGCGCUCGAAAGUACCUUUUUGCGUAAAAAGUGUGUUUUUUUUCUUCUCGAUUUUAUUUAUGCUCCGUUGUAAUUCUUCUCCUGUUGGCUCUGAAUGCAAGGUCUCUGCAUACUGCAAUGUUUUAUGGUUCAAAAACAGUGGCGCUGAGGGUAACAAUUCGGGGAGUAAAAUUUCCAUUGUUAAAAAGCAACGGUUUCGAAAAGAGAAGAUAUUUCGAAACUCAACACCGUGUGACUUGUUUUACUUUUUGGAUAGAUUUUCAUCGGUAUUGACAAGGAGAGAAAAAGGAUUGUUACGUUAUCUUUAGGCUUAUUAUAGGUAUCAAUGAAUCACAAUAAAUAUUUAUAAUCGUUAACGAAAUAGGGAAAAAAUUUCCUUUUGGCGCUCUGGACACUUUCCCAAAAGGGCUUUAAAAAAAGCGCCGCUUCGACCCUAAUCCAAAGGGCUACUAUCGAGCUGGGAAAAAAGACGUUUUCUUAUCGCAUUUUUUUACGAUGCUGGAAGGGGUACAUCUACCCCCUCGGGUACUCAUUUUUAUUGUCAUUAAAUUAUUCAUGCAUCGAAACGAUGAACCUUCUUCCGGCCCUGGCGAUCCACAGUUGAUUGGCUUACUCCGUGCCGCGUGUAGGCAAUGUAUCGAUCAGUUUCAGCGCUUGGGGCACGAUUAAUGAGGCUGAUUUCAAAAUUCAACCCCCUUCCGGCAAUCCGGACAGGAAAUUAAGCGAAAGUGAUACGAAACCCAUACGAGAGUUACCAAUUUCUUGGAGGGCAUGCAAAAAUGUAGUACGAAAGCGCUUUUAAUUGGGAACCCAUCUCGAUAAAGUGCUCACAAGCCGGUUCUCCAUUGAUAUUUACCUUCAAUUACACGAUUCAAGUGGAGCACGUACCAGGUCAAGUAAAUGCAAGGGAAGUUACAUGUGGAAAAGGCAUUCAUCUGUAUCCUGUAUCCAGAACAAAUGUAACAUCGUAAGAAUGCAGCACAGCACAGCAGUAAAUCGAGUAAAUGUAAAUGGCGCUGCUAAGCAAAUAAUCUUAUUUUAUUUAAUUUCUGAAGGAAAUACAUCGUUACAGCUUCUUUCCCGUUCGUACCAUAGUGGAUGUGAAAGUUCUGCUGAAGUUGCAUAAAUUCUCUCUUACCGCUCUUGCUCCUCAACUUGUCCUCCUGCUUGCCAAACCCGAUCCGGAAUUGGGUGGAACCAUUCUUCAUACGUUUGCGACUGACAGCGCGUCCUGUUGACAUUGGCUUUGGAAAGCCCUCACAAAGACACUCGCACUGGGGCGAGUGCCCUGCAGUCGUAGCCGAUUCCCUACACGCUACUACCAUUAGUCUCUGUUUCCAGCCGUUUUUAGCCCACAAACAUCAGGAAGGGUUCAACUGUUAACGGUUGUUAUUGUCGUCGGGUUAGUAAGGAAGGGUGGAGAAAACCCAUUUCCCCUUUUUCGAUGGUGGCUUUUGACAUUCAAAAACAAAACGCAUCAUACGAAUGGGGAAUGUAUCCAUACGUAGUAGUAAGGAUGUGCCUAUCCUUCGAAAUUGUGCCAUGCGCAGUGCGAAACUAGGUUAGCAGGACGAUCGCUUUUAAGGGGAAAUGGCACUCAUCGGUCAUACGGCCGUGGAAAUGUGUCAAAAAUAGGGACGCUUUAGGUAAGGUUAGCAGGUAAAGGGCAAGAACUGGAUACAACAUGGUUCAUUCGAUGAUGGCUGACAUUUGAACAGCGACACACUCGCGGUAUGGUGCCAUCUACCGAGGGAAAAAGCUAUUCGCGAUAUUGGCUUAGACAUUAUAUUUAUAAUUUAUCUUCUUUUAAUGCCUUUUUUAAUAGAAACAUGAUCUGUUUUUAAUUUAAUCGUAGUGUUACUUCCUUUAAAAUAUACUACGUAUAAUGUUUCAUUACUAACAAGUCAUUCCAAGAGCUUUCCCAUGAGAAAGCUCCUGAGGAAAGCUCAUCCUGCUGUGUAUGUCCUUUGGAGCACCCGUUGUUUGCAUCCCCCCCAUUGUGACGUGCCAGUGCGUAAGGACCUUUCUUUGGACAAAAUAGCAGUUUCUUUGUUGUUGGUGUCAAAGUGUACACACCCCCCUGCCGAGACGACACGCACACAUGCGCGCGAACACGUAAAAGCUCCAACGAAACUAAUAUCGUUGGAGCAUUGGUGAGGCCGCGUCAUCGGCCAGCUGCCAAAUACUAUCUACACAUACUCCCUCGCCAAUACUGUGCCAAUGAGAGGUGAGAAUCGAAUGUCCAACGCACGAGGAUACACACGCCAAAAAGCGCUUUGAUAGUGAGCAGAGAACGUGGCCGUUCUCUCACGUGCGAUGUGUUCAAUUUUCCCAAAAACCUCCCCAAAUAGAAGGAUUCCCUGAGCGGGAGUCAAACGCACGUAGAAUUUAAACGGUAGGCAGCAUAUAUCCUGCCUUUCCCGAAUGCUCUAGUGCCCGCCGGUAUACGAACAUUACGCUAGAGAUCUCGUUCGCUCUCGAAUUUCUCCGCUCUUGAAAUGGUGAAGAAUUUUCUUGCUUUUCCGCGUGGUUUGUUGAUUUUUUCCUUCACGGUUCUCUACCCCAUUUCGCAAGAGCUUUUCCACUACUCGCUUUUUUUCCUCGAGGUCAUUCAAACGUCACGAGUCCUCGUCCGUGCGUGGAGGGCCUGCUCACACAGUGGCCGUCUUUUGGGAUCGUUCGUCGUUGUCAUCCUGCGGUGCCGUGGUUACUGGACGUGGCUGCAUUUUGUGAUAGAGGAAAAAUGUGUAAUCUUUGCGUGAAAUUAGGCGAGUGAUUCGAUACAGAGAGCGUGUACGGCGCGUGCGGUAGCAUCGGUGAUUGUGCAAUGGUGAAAGUUGACAUGCCCGUCGAUAUUGAAUCUAUAUUCGCAGGAUAUGUGAACGAAUUCCAUCAUCAGUGCUAGAGCUAGAAGCGGAGAACCAGCUUAUUCGGAUAUACACCAUCGAUAGAGUCUGCCCAAUAACUCUUAACCGAGAGGAAUAUUAUUAGCAGAAGAAACCGCGCUACUGCCACUACUAUUACUACUGCUUCUUGCACUUGUUUCUAUCCUCGUUUACUGCAUUGCAUCUCUAUUCUAUUUCAUGUUGCGUUGGUCAAACUGAAAAUCCCCGAUUCCCGAUUCAUCCGUGUGGCGCCUGACCUUUUUUUUAUGUUGGGCGAUGUUUUAUUGAUGUCUCCCGCCUCCGCCCUGUACUGUAACAGACUAGCUAUAGACAACGAUCUUUCAAGGACUUUCGGUCACUUUUUCUUCACUUCUUCUGUCACUGUUAUCGUGUGUGCGUGAUUGUCUUUUUUUUUUGGUUGUUGUUACGUUGCUUCUUCGUUUCAUGUCCCUGUACAGUUUGUCACUGAGAUUUCUCGUUUGUUCGAUUGUGAAUUGCCCAAUUUUGCAGUAGAGCGAAUGCGUUCCCAUCUAGUCCUUAUGGGUAUUAAUCGUUAAUAUUGAACCACUGGCACUGCUACAUCUUCGACCGAUUCGUGACUUGUUUUGCUUUCGUUUUGUGUUUUCCUAUUUUCCGCACUUCUUCUUCUCUUCUUCUUCCACUACUCUUCGUUCCACAUUUCAGUCUGUGUGGGAGUAAGCGGUUUUUGGGCAAGCGGUUAAAGUGGCGUACUACUACUACCUGCUAGAAGAAAAGUGUUCCGAAUAAGAGAAGAAGAAAAGCUCACGUGAGACAUCGUGCUCGGUGUGGAAAAUGAUAUGCAUGCGGUAAUAUAUAUGGCGCUCGGUCGAAGGGAACGUCCUCCGUGUGAAUGUUUAUCAUCAGCACCAGCAGCGAGCGCCCUCUAAAUUCAAACGUUUUGUCCGUCUCAUCAAUCGGAAACGGGGAAGGUAACGCGCAGCAGUGAUUAGAAGCAGGUGCUGCAUAUAGCUCGAGUGCUUAUCGUCCAGGCCACUGUUGUACGUCCUCCCACGCGCUGGCUAACAGCUUUCUUCUACCAUCUGAAAGUAUGCAGACGAUGUCCUUCAUCGUCGGAGUGAAACGUCAUCGAGGUUCCUUGUCUGACAGCUGCCACUGCGGUGUUGUGUGCUGAUAACACACCGUGCAUCGGUUUUGCGUGCGUGUGUGUGUGCGAACCAAAAAAAAACAGAAGAUAGCCAGCUCAGUGCGACCGAUACACCGACCCACCACCGGUUGGGUUGGGGGUGGUAGCACACGCUCAGCUGUCAACACGUGACGGGGAAGAGGCGCGUCAAGCUUUUACACGCUACAGCAGCAAGAUCGAACGGCACAAGAAGGAUACGGGCGACCCGGCGACGGAAAGGAUGAUUAGUUCGAGCUUUAAAGAGCCUCCGGAAAAUGAGCUCCAGAAGUCACACGAAACAGGCACCAAUCUAAGCGAACAUCAGCUACGCGUGCAGGCCUCACUGCAGCGGCUGAAUAUUCCCGACUGGUACAAGCAAUAUUCUGGCAAGGAUGGACCGGCGAACACGACCGCACCGGUGCCCGGUACUACCACCACCGCUGCCGGUGGUAUACUGCGCAAGCGAAACAGUGACGUCGGACGAUGGACCGGGCUGAGCUCGAAGACCACUUCGCUCAGCUCGCUCGGAUCGCACCGGUCGGACCGUAGUCCAGUGAUGCUGAGUCCCUCCGCACACAGCCACCACGGUCAGACCGGGUUCUCCCGAUGGUCCACGUCCCACCUGAACUCGAACCAAACGUCACCGAGCGUAUCGACGCGGGGCUCAUUCACCCGGGGCGGGCUGAACGCGAGCGUCAUAUCCGGCUACUCGACUGCUUCCACUACGGCCGGAACCGGUGCCAAUAGUAGUAGUAGUACGAUUAGAAACUCCUUCCGUCAGCCGUACCUGGGCUGGAGAAGCCAGGAGAAGCUGUCCCAACCGAGAACACCGGCGGAACGGCUUGCAUCAUCUCUACUGCAACAGCAAGGCACGAACAAACAGAAGGAACAGCAACAGCUGAAAGAACAGCAACAGCGAGGAAAGCAUCAGCAAAAGGAGGAAUCCGUCGUAACGCCGGAAAUUCAAUCAUCAAUCAUAGAAGUAACGUCAGCGAUUGUACAUUAUGUAAAUGACCAAACAAAUCGACACUCACGCAGUAGAUCUACUAGUCCAAGCCAAAGAUGUUGGCUAGAAAGUUCGUUUGUUGGUACCCGGCCCCUCGAUUCCCCACAGACGCCGUUGAUCGAGAAUAGUUCCGUUCUAGGAUCCGGCCACCAUCAGCAGCAUCAGCAGCAGCAGCAGCAGCAGCAGCAACAGCCGCACACGGCCGGUGAUCAUUAUCGGUUUAAUGCCGGCCGGAUGAAUGGCGUCGGGAUGUCUGGCGCGGUUCCGACGUUCUCGCUACCACCCGAGCAUCAGUCGCCCGGAUCGGCCACACUCGAGGAUGUGCUCGCCUCGUUGCUCGGCUUGCCGGCCGAUUCACACAGGUCCUCAGGAAGUGUAGCUAAUUCGUGUCUCACGCCAACAGCGCCCAACAGCACCAGCAGUAACCACACGCUGCAGAUCGAACCGAUGCAGGCGCGCCGUCGCAGUGAAGGUGAUGCGGCCGGUACGCGAAAGCGCAACGACAGCGGCGGCUCGAUGGCGAUCAGCAGCACCACCACCACGACGACGACCAGCGGCAGCACCAACCAGAGCGGCCGUAGCCCACAGCAGCCCGGCACGACCAAGGGUGAUCUGCUCGGGGUCGGGCUGGAUGCCCGGAUCGCCCGCCGCGUAUCGCUCGACUCGGCCGAAGCUGCCGGCCACCAUCACCGUGGGCACGACUACCUCAAGUGCCGGUACCCGCGGUGCGACGCGACGGCCACACUGGCGGAGGCCCGGAAAACCUACAAGAGCUGCCACAACUGUUCCCAUCUGUACUGCUCGCGCGAGUGCCGCCGGGCGCACUGGGAGCGACACCGGAAGGCCUGCCUGCACUCGCGGGUGUCCGCCCUGUGCCGGCUGGUGCUGUCCACGUGCAAGGACGACGCGGACACGCUCCGGCACCUGAGUGCGCUCGCGCGCCGGGGCUACUUGUCGCAGGGGCGAGGUGUUGUUAGAAUACUGUUCCGCAGCCCGGAAAGCGCCGACUCCUUCAUCAAGCAGGGCUUCCAGUGCCUGGGCGAGGUGUCGUACGUGCGCUGGCCGGAUCUGCUGCCGGCCGAGAUGGGCCCGGAGCUGUACUCGGAGCUGCUGAAGCUCAGCACCGAGUACAAGCCCGACUCGAAGAUGCUCAUUUACGUCGCGAUCUGUGUGGUGUCGGAAGCGCCGGGUAGUGCGACCGCACCGGUCAAAUGGGAACGGCAGCUGGUGUCGCGAUGCGCGAAGCUGAAGCUGUGCCGCUCGGUCGUUAGUGAGAUCGCGGCAAGCGGCCCGGGAGGUGAGCGAGCCGGGCCACGCACGGACACUGUCGGCGAUGUGCUCGUGCUGUCGUUUAACAUUCUUUCGAAAACGACCCAACGGUCCCGUGAGCAGGUGUCGCUUAACAUACAGACUAUCCUGCGCCAGCGCGGGGUCAAUCUGCGCAAACACUACCCGGAGGUCUUCCAGCGGUUGGCCACGUUCGUUGAGGGCAGCACGGAUCGAUUCCUGCCUGUGACGCUGCAUCCGCGCGAUAACGUCACCGGACGAUCGUUCGUCUGCAUUAUCAUGCCAAACUAUGGCGACUCGGAUCGUGUACAGUUUCCGGUGUCGGAGAACAGUGACGAUCGUGUCGUAACGAUUGAUGUUGGGGCUGAUCUGGGUGAUGAUCUUACUAGCAAACUUUAAAGUCAUUGGAACUCGGGAAGAUCCACCGGGUGACUUGGUGGGUGUUUAACGGAAAGGGUAAAUCUUAUAGGGAAAGCUUUAUUUUGCCAGUCAGAUACAGGUAUGUGCGCGUAUGUCCACACACAAGAAGAACAGGGUAGAUAUUCAAUUUUAGUACUCGUUUUUAGUACUAAGUUAUAAUAGACAAUUAGUACAUUUUUUCGUGUGAAGCACCCGGCGAAUCUGUGCUACACAUUCCAUACAUAUCCUUAGUGAAUUCGUCACAGCGAGCAUCACAUUCUUGGCAAGUGGUUGAAGAUGGUGGUGGAGUCUCAUUCCAGAAAUCCUUGAGAAAUUCCCACACAUUCAGUAUGCUAUUGGGAUGUGCAUCAAGAGUCACUAAACUGCCUCCUAGUCGAGUGUGCUCGUCUGUGGAAGCAAUAGACAUUAGGUUUACAACGAACACUUCCAAGAUAAUGGUUAGUGCGCAUUAUUUAUCCAUUCGUUUGAUAAAGAAGAAUAAACUUGAUAAUAGAUGAUAAUAAACCAGUUAAACCCCUUGGCAAACCCAACCAAAAGCAAAGUCCCAAGUAGCUAGUAGCGAGAAUGAAAGGAAUAGUGCUAGUUAAUUAGAACCCUAUUUUCCUCAACAAAUGAGAGAACCGAUACUAAACGCCAAAAAUACACGAUUUUUAUACCUGUAGCAGAGUAGGAUAUUACAUGAAUUCUGUAGUUUAAAACUAAAACCUGUCCCAACCUACGGUGGCUUUCACCUUCCAAAGUUGGGAGGCAGGGCAACUCUAAUGUACUUAUUGCAAAUUAAAAAAAAAAACAGCAAACUAAAAACUAAACUUUUAAACGAUUUCUUAUCCCUCUUCAGCUGCUUAGUGCAAAUUAAGCUGCCAGCAUGCACGAACGCUUUACGUUUUCUAAAAAUCUCGUAUCCCAUCUCCUUACAUGAUUUUCAUUCCUUCUAACACAUGUUAACAUACGGGCAGGUUGGAUGAGCUAAGUGCGAGAUGACGCCCUUUAAACGGUAUUGAAAUUUAAUAUAAAAGCAUAAUUGCUUACAUACGGAUGCGGAGUUGCAGAUGGUGCAUCAAUUUUCACAAUCUUCUGGGUGUGUACUAGUGUAUGAAAGAUGGGAGACAAUUGUGUGACAAAAAACACGGUUCAAAAGAAGUCUUUAUGUUACGAAUUUUGAGCACAUUUGGAAGUUUAUCUGCUUUACUAAAAAAACGAGAACGGUUUUUUAAACAAAAAACAUAAUAAAAUUGUUAUUGCUUCUUUGUGACCUGAUUAUGAGUGGGAAGAAUUGUUUAGGAAUAUUUUAAUAGAUUUCAUUUACAUAAAAUAUACAAUCGAUCAUUCUAGGUGUGGUGCAUUAUUUAUGUAAAUAGAUACACCGUAAAAUGGAGGUUCUUCUUUCGGCCGUUCAUUGCAGAAUCGCGUUUUCAUUCCUUAACGCCUAAAUCUAUGCAAUAUGGUGGAAUCGACAGUUACUUAUUAGGCGAUUAAAUCGAAGAGGGUAACAGGGACAAAACGAUGCAAGGCAACGGGUACAACACCAAAAAAUGAACUUUAAAAUCAGUAAUUGCAUACUUUCAGGCGCUAAGCACCCUAAACGCUACCUAGCAAAAUGAGGUGGAGAGUUGAAAUUUAUUUUUUAUCAAAACCCGUUUUAAGAAGUUAAAGGCCAAUAUUAAAGCGACGUUACUUACAGUUUUAUACUUCCCAUCGUGCCGGAAUCGUUCUGAUUGAAGCGAAGGAGAUUGUUACGUGGCUCAUCGCAAUAGAUUUGUCUAUUGGUCAUGACGCUGCAGCAGCGGUGCGAUCGAGCGCAUUGGAACACACGCAUGUGCGGAUGUAUAAAAAGGGCCACUAGACACUUAAAUUCUCUACACACCUUUUCUUUCCUAUCCCUUUUGCACUGGUUUUAUUUUUAUACGAACACAUGUAUGCUAUUCCAACAACACAUCCCUCACGGCGGCCUAAGUGAGUACCCUGAACCCCACUAUUUUCCCUCGCUCUUCAGAACGCUUUAGUUCGGGACUACACACAACAAAUGCAAAAUGGAAACAUUCUGGUUAAUUAGUUGACAAAAUGUGCACCUAGUAUACUUUUUUCCUUUAAGUUUCACAAUCACAAACCACAGCCAUACAGCGUCCCUUUUUCUCAUGGUGAAAUUCCUGAGCAGAAUAUGUGUCGUGUGUUUGAAAUUGGGGAGCUCAACGCUUUAUCGGCGACAUUUCCGUACAAGAGUACACGGCAUGGCACUCUCGGUGCAAACACCCCCAGUUCACCCCCAUUGCAGUAGUGAAUGGGGCGGCCAGAUACGGCAUGUGGGCGGCAUUAGCGUUCCGCAGCCCAAGUAUGGAUGGGAGCAGUGGCCAGUCCGAAACCCGACAAAAACGACGCACCAGCCUUCUACGCCUUCUCAACAGCACAUGCUUCCGCAAAGGACCGCAAAGAGCAAUGAUGUACACUGUAACUCGUGUUUGAUGUGAAUUCUCAUUAAUAUUGAUCUUCAUCAACCGAUCGAAGCGAAUGUUUAGAACAUUACGGAGCGUGUCCUGGAGUAAAGCGAUUUAAUUGUAACGACAUGUGAAGCGCAUUGUUCCUUACCAAACAUAUUUAAAACAAAACAAAACAAAACAAGUUGAAAAAAAUGUAUUCGAAAGUGUAAGGAUUGUUUUUUUUCUGUUGGAAAAAUAGAUGUGAAACACGGAAAACAUAUUCAUAUAUUCACUCACAAAUAAGAACUUAUCCGGAAUUCUUCCACUAGACAGCAGCCAACAGUUAGCAAUGGAACAACACAAAUGUAGUGCGUUUAGUUCAAAUCGACGAAAUAAAGAAUAAUCAAAACAUACAAGCCGGACAAUAAAAAAGCGAAGAAAAAAAGCAACAUCUUUAUGUAAAUUGUAAAGCAAUCAAUGAAAUUUUGAAAAGUAUGUUUUUUUCCAAAAUUAAAUGUUAUACUAGCUUUUUUGUUUGAAAUUGAAACACAUAACUACGGCUUCCUACUUACAUAUCUGUUCCACAACAAGUUCAGACACAAACCUAUCGAAACAACAUUCUCGUGUGACAUUUCAUAAAUGCUAAGUAAAAAAGUACACACCACAAAUCUCGCUUUGCUUCCGUUUUACAUUGAUACAAACUCAUAAUUGUAAUAUGAAAUUUACACAAAUUUAUGCUUACUACACCAACGUAUGUACAGUUUUGCAGUGGACAGCCCCGUUACAGGAACAAACAAAAACCGCCAUUACUCGCUUACACAUACUUACGCGCGACUCUUGCUCUUACUGAGGGAUAAAUGUUUGAUUUGAAAACAAUGUUGUGAUAUUUGCUUUCUUGCCAAUUUUCUAUAAAUCAAAUGAAUAUUCGCUUUACAGCAAAACGAGUGUGUGAUCCCUAUGAAGUGUAAGGGAAAUAACCAUUCUUUACUUUCGAUACCAUUAACUUGCCAACAUAAAAUAAUAGGAGUGAAUAAGUGGAUCUGACAACCAAACAGUUUCUUCAAAGCGAACGUCUACAAGGAGAGGAAAGAGUACAUAUGGAUAAGACAUUUCCCAAGCACAGCAGAAAAUUUAACUUUUUACAGAAGUUGGCCAAACAUUUACGUUAAAUGUCUGCAUUGAGUUAAAGAAGGGUAAAUAAAAACUAUUGAAUGAAUAAGCUAAUAAAACAUGAAAAACUUUGUGAGGAGGUUAAAAUAAAAACAAAGUAACCAUUUGGAAUGGGACAAAACUAAGCAACAGAGCUCUUAUCUGAUACGAUAAACCAACAGGAAUAGCAGUGUUCGUGAGGAAAAAGGUAAGAAAACGAGCGAAAAAUAAAACACUCAUAAAUCCAACAACAAAAACCAUGAAAUAGUGCAUACAUGUAUUUAGAUAUAUUGUAUUUUACUAUUACCUAAUGAAUAAGAAAACGAACAAAAUAUAAUACUUGUUGAAAGCCCUGUGAA